GCAACCUUCAGCUUCAACCUUCAACGGUCAACAAUGUCGAACACCGUCAAAAAAUUCACUGACGCUAUCGGUUCUUCCAAAACGCUACUCUUGCAGCGCUCUCUGUACGAAAAUUUCAAGUCGCUGCUGUUUAUCUACUUCCUGGUAACUCAGAGUAUUAAAGCUGAACGACAUCUGAGAGCCAGAGGGAUUCUUACGACGUGUAGAGAGUUAUAUGCAUGGAUAGCACAACGGGUUAUCUUUCUCUUAUUACGACUACCUUCGGCCAGAGCAAAGGUCAAGGCAGAGAUGGAUAAAGCGAAACUCGACAUCGAGCAAUCUUUAUGUCCACAAGGUGCUGACGUUGUGCGACACCUCUCUUUGCCCGCAGAAGGCCAGACAUUAGAAUGGAUAUUAUCCGAAAUGGACACAAUGGAUCAACAGUCCGGAACCUUAGAUUAUAGACGCGGAAAGAUAUCUGGUGCUGUUUACCAUGGUGGAGAUGACUUGGAGAAGGUCAUUGUUGCGGCGUACAAACAUUACUGCGUGUCCAACCCGCUUCAUCCUUCUGUAUUCCCUGCCGUGCGUAAAAUGGAAGCCGAAAUCGUAGCUAUGUGUCUGCGAUUGUACAACAACCCAAAUGGUGCCGGUACAAUGACUGCUGGCGGUACUGAAUCAAUCAUUAUGGCAGUCAAGACGUACCGCGACUGGGCUAGAGCUACUAAAGGCAUCACUGAGCCGGAAAUGAUCAUACCUUCGUCUGCACAUGCUGCUUUCGACAAAGGUGCCGCUUAUCUGAAGAUCAAAGUACAUACCAUCCCAGUGGACCCAGUAACGCGCAAGGCCGACAUCAAACGAAUGAAACGCGCCAUAAACACUAAUACCAUUAUGUUGGUCGGAUCUACCAUCAACUUUCCAGACGGCAACCAGGACGACAUAGUCGCGCUCGGAGUGCUCGCAUCCAAAUACAACAUCGGUCUCCACGUCGACUGUUGUCUCGGUAGUUUCAUUGUACCUUACCUCGAAAAAGCGGGCCUGGCGGAAGGCUCGAACGGAAAAUACAAACUCUAUCCAUUCGAUUUCAGAGUGAACGGUGUUACCAGUAUUAGUUGUGACACCCAUAAGUAUGGUUUCGCUCCCAAGGGUACCUCGGUUGUAAUGUACAAAAAUGCUGCGCUCCGCAGGUUCCAGUACUACGUAUAUCCUGAUUGGUCAGGUGGAGUCUACGCUAGCCCUAGCUUAUCUGGUUCGCGUCCGGGCGCUCUUAUUGCUGGAACGUGGGCUGCUAUGCAAUACAUGGGUGACAAAGGCUAUCUUGAGUCCUGCCGUGAUAUCGUGACAUGUGCACGAAGUAUCGCCGAUACUGUUGCCUCCAGUAUUCCCGAACUCUACGUUCUCGGUUCCCCGCCAGCUUCUGUUGUCGCUUUCGGAUCUAAGCACCCGAAGGUGAACAUUUUGGAGGUGGGGGACAUGAUGUCGAAAAAGGGUUGGCAUUUGAACGGACUCAGUGGCCCGCCUGCACUUCAUAUUGCUUGCACGAGGCUCACUGUAACGAUGGUUGAUACCUUCAUCGCUGACCUGAAGGAUGCUAUCAAGGAGGCGAAGAUUACACCGAAUGGAAAGGGUACCAUGGUUGCCCUGUACGGUCUGGGAAAUUCUAGCCCUGUAGGACCUUCAAUGGUUACUCAGUUGGCAGAAGCAUUUCUAGAUACAAUGUACAAGGCAUGAUGCAUGAUGGAUCAUUACCUAGAGAUUCCUCGUAUUCAGCGGCCUAGGUCGUCGUCGAUGAAGUUAAACCCAAUACGUACACUAUGUAUGUAAGUGCUGUCUAUUUUAGUAUCUAUCAUGAGAUUUUUCUUGGAAAUGGGAGGAAAUGGGUCGCUCAAAGCCAUAUCCAUCCUUAUCUAUACGCUCUAUGAGAUCCACAACGAGAAACACUUCAGCAGUCUAUACACGUGCGUCGCACAGCUUGACACUGCACUUGGAAUCGUUCAG